CACUGAUAGGCAGCACUGAUGAUGGGUACUGAUAGCACUGAUAGGUGGCACUGACUGGCAUCACUGAUGGGCACUGACUGGCACAACCGCUGGGCACUGACUGGUGGCACUGACUGGCAGCACUGGUGGGUGGCACUGGUGGGCACAGGUGGUUGCACUGCUGGGCACAGGUGGGUGCACUGCUGGGCACAAGUGGGCGGAACUGGUGGGUGGCACUGCUGGGCAUCGAUCAUCAGGGCACUGAUCAUCAGUGCCCUGAUGAUCGGUGCCGUUCCCUGCUCUAACAACUGCCGGUUCUCGGCAGUGCUUUCCUCAUGAUCUGACAGCGUGAGGAAAGUGCAGCCGAGAACCGGCAAUUGCAU